AUGUUAAAUCGUAAACCUCAGACAGUUGCACAGUCCAUUAAUUGUCAUCCAAUUUCUGUUUGUUUUUACUUUAGAAGCAGUGAGAUAACAGCAAAACGAUGCCGAGAUUGGAGAAAUUUGAGAUAUGCUUUACGAUCUGUAGAGAAGUAUGCCGAUUGGAUCAACCAUGUCUUUCUUGUAACAAAUGGCCAGGUACCAAAUUGGUUAAACACUGGGUACCAUAAAGUCUCCAUUGUGAAACAUUCUAUCAGAUUUGGUGCUAAAAAGGUUCCCAAUUACAUGGACAAAUGUAACAAAUUUAACUUAAACAGAAGCCAUAUUGAGAAGUUUUGUUAUAGCAGUGGUUGCAAAUGGAAUGGCAAAUAUUGUUUCCCAACCGAGCAGGCACAGUCUAGAUUAAUAAUGGGAUUUAACGAACCAUUUCAUUGGAGUCUUGUGUAUACUUCAAUAGCAUUUGACAAAGCGUUUGAACAUGCGCAACGAGGAGUUCCGGCACAUGCGCCUUACAUUACUGACGUAGACACAAUGGACGCUUUACAGGAUCGGUUUCCAAAAGAAUGGGAGAGAACAUCUGCUAACAGGUUUCGUGACCCACACAGUUUUCAACACGGGUUCGCAUAUUAUCAUUUCUUGAUGUUACCUAAGACAAAUACAUGCCGUGAGGAAAUAACGAGACCAAUAGCGACAAGUUACAACGAUUAUGAAGACUAUGCAUAUAUUGCGACUGGAAACUUUCAUCAAUUACACACGUCGCUGGCCAACCUUUAGCGUAAAAAGAAUAAGUAUGAAAAACAUACAUACAACAUCACCCGUCCCUUUUGUUUCAAAGCCAAACAUUUUCAUUUUAAAAAUUCAAAUAAUAUGUACUUAUAACGGAGAAAAUCAGUUAUGGUUUGCCCAUUAAUUGGAACUGUUUAAAACAAUAUUACAUUAUUUUAGCUCAGAUAUUCGAAGAAUAGGGAGUACUAUUGUAUUAUUGCUCCGUCGACGUCGCCGUCAACUUUGGUUAAAGUUUUGCGUGCAAAUUGAUAUCUCUAAAACUGAUCAAUAUAAAUGUUGCGGUUCCACACUAAAUGUACCGUCAAUGUACAAUUUAAUUUCAACUAAAAUGUGACCAAAUAUUUUUAUAAAUUGUGGAUGCAAAACAGUUCACUCCAACUCUUUCUUAUGAUGCGUUGUGAUCAAGCUGAUCAUUAUUCG